GUUGAGUACAUCUAUGUUCUAUAUAAUAAAUCGGAACAGUUCUCAAACCAUAUAAAAAGAUUCUUCCAUUUUCGAACAAAUCAGUGUGAUUUUAAACUUUCAACAACGCUUACUUAUUCAGUGUACAAAUAUUUGCAUCCGAAAUGAAGCAAAUCACUAUAGUCGUCGUUAGCGCUUUGCUGUUAGUGCAGGUCGUCAACGCAUUUCCACUUGUAAAACGAGAAGCUGUAGAGGUUGCAGUUAAAAAAGAUAUAUCUGAUUUUAUAGAUUCCUCAGCUGAGGAUGAUCCUGCAAUAGAAAAAGUUUUGUUUUUUCUAGCAGGAACAGUAGGCAAAAUUUCUCUGUGGGGUCUUGAAAAUGGAAGCGUUAUGAUUAAAAAUGCUGUAAAGGAUCUAGAGAAGCUACCGGAAAAAGAUGAAUUGCUACAAGCCAAUAUCACUCGUAUGUCAAAUAUAGCGGAAGAGGCCGCUAGUUUCAAACUAGAUGAAGAUGGAAGCAACAUUAUGCAACUGUUCGAAAAUAUAAUACAAUUUGCAAGGAUGUUGAAUGACUACGAAGACAUGGAUGACGAUUCAAACUUGAAGCUCACACUGAAGGUAGCACUUGAAAAUAAUGGCUAUGAAAAGUACCAGGGUGAAUUCGAAGAGCGAGUUGUCGAUGCGGUUGAAGAAUUUGAUACCGCAUUUGGUGAAUAUGUCAAAGGUUGGAGUCCAGAAGAAAAGAAAAAGCAAGCCAAAUUGCUUGACUGGUAUGAAGAAUUAACUAACGAAACUGACGAAGAAGAAAAACUUGACAAGUUUGGCGAUAUCUUUGACUUACUUUAGUUUUAAUCAAAACCAGAACAACAGCUAUAUAUAUGCUUUGAAAACAUGGAGGUUUUGGAAUAUAUUUCGUCUCUCAAAUAAAAAAGAUAUUUCAUAUAUGUA